AUGGACCACAUGUCUCGCAGGCUGAGAGCUUUCCUCUCUGAACCCAUCAGAGAAAAGGAUGUUGCCUGCGUGGAUGGGAUCAGCCAUGAGCUGGAGAUCAACUUGGUCACCAAAGGUUUCAACAAGGCUUACGUCCUGUUGGGACAGUUCCUCCUGAUGCACAAGAGGGAAGCCGAGUUUCAGAAGUGGCUCAUCUGCUGCUGCGGAGCCACCGAGUUUGAGGCCCGGGAGUGUUCCAACUGCCUGAAGGAAUGGUGCGCCUGCUUCCUGUAG